AUGGCUGAAGCAAAAGACCCCAAGAUAAAGCUGUUUGGGAAGACAAUUGAACUGCCAGAGACUUCCACGGCGGCGGAGGAAACUGAUGGAGUGGGUUCUGCUCAAUCUUGUGAUGCUGGUGUUGAGAAUAGUUCACUUCAAGAUCCCCCUUCUUCAUCAAGUUCUAUGCUUGAAGAUCGCAAUUUGAUUAAAGAUACAAAAGAGCAGGAAUCACACAAGGACAAGGAUAUAUCGGAUCAAAAACAAGAUGACAGUAAAAAGGAGGAUCAAGCUCGACCCUUGAUAUCUGAGGAACCAAAAGAUUCUGAAGUGACUCGACCAGUAAGUGAGAAUUCACAGCCACCUUCUACUGGUACCGAUGCUGCAGCAGGAAAAACCUCAAGGGCUGAAGAAGACCAGAGCGAGAAGAAUAAUUCACAAGACAAGACUCUGAAGAAACCGGACAAGAUACUUUCUUGCCCUCGCUGUAAUAGCAUGGACACAAAAUUCUGUUAUUUCAACAACUACAAUGUGAACCAACCUAGGCACUUCUGCAAAAAUUGUCAGAGAUAUUGGACUGCUGGUGGGACCAUGAGGAAUGUUCCGGUCGGUGCUGGUCGACGCAAGAACAAGAAUGCAGCUUCUCACUUCCGUCAUCUUACUGUUUCAGAAGCAAUUCAGAAUGCCCCAGUGGAUCAUCCGAAUGGACUCCUCUCCUUUCGAUCAGAUGCACCUCUCUGUGAGUCAAUGGCAUCAGUUUCGAUCAUUGCUGAGGGAACAAUUAGAAAUGGGUUCCACAAGCCUGAAGAAGUAGGAAUUGGAAUUUCUGGCGGAAGUAAAGGUAAUGGGAACGAUCAGUCCAGUGGAUCUUCAGUCGCUGUUGCAACUUUGAAGGAGGAGAUUGGUAAAACUCAAUUACCGGAAUCACUAAUUCCAUACUGUCAUAGCUUUCCCCCUCAGGUGCCUUGCUUUCCUGGAGGACCGUGGCCUUACCCAUGGAAUUCAGUUCAAUGGAGCCCAGCCAGCUUUCCAAUGCCAUUCUAUCCGACACCUCCUUACUGGGGUUGUGCUGUUCCUGGCACGUGGAAUGUUCCUUGGGUCGUCCCACCAACUGCUUCACAGAACCACACACCUCCAAGUUCUGGUCCUAACUCCCCGACUCUGGGGAAGCAUUCAAGGGAUGACAACAUGAUGAAACCAGUCAGCGGCGAAGAAGAAGAGGCACAAAAAGAGAGCAAUUCCGAGAAAUGUCUAUGGGUCCCAAAAACUUUACGCAUUGAUGACCCCGGAGAUGCUGCAAAGAGUUCCAUAUGGGCAACAUUGGGAAUUAAGAAUGACACUGUCGACUCUAUUGGUGGACCCGGUCUUUUCAAAACCUUCAAAAGCCAAUCGAAGGACGAUGAAAAGACUCAAGUCCCAGGAACCUCCACCGUAUUACAAGCCAAUCCAGCUGCAUUUUCGAGAACUGAGCAAGAACUCUAUUUGCUUGACUUGUUAGCCGUUAUCUGGUCUGCUGCUGGCACCUCCGGAUGA